CCAAAAAACAUAUAUCCAAAAUAUGACAACCCAAUACCACAACCGCAACAUCUCCUCGAACCAAUGUGGCUCCAGACUGGUCCAAACAAUAGACGCACCGCUCUCCCUGGUGUGGUCCAUCCUCCGCCGCUUCGACAACCCACAAGCCUACAAGCAGUUCAUCAAGAGUUGCACCAUGCGGGCAGGCAACGGCGGCAAAGGGAGCGUCCGUGAGGUGAUAGUGGUGUCGGGGUUGCCGGCCGCCACUAGCACAGAGAGGCUAGAUGAGCUGGAUGAUGACUCGCAUGUCAUGAUGGUUAGCUUUAUUGGAGGGGAUCAUCGGCUGGUGAACUACCGUUCGACAACAACUUUGCAUGAAAUUGAAGGGAUCAGCGGCGGAAAGACGGUGGUGGAAGAGUCCUAUGUGGUGGAUGUACCAGCGGGGAAUAGUGAAGAGGAUACCUGCUCUUUUGCUGACACCAUAAUUGGAUGCAAUCUUAGGUCUUUGGCCAGGGUUACGGAACAGAUGGCCAAGGUUUAGGAUUCUCAAAGCUUCUUUUAGAGGUGAAAUUUUUUUUUUCUUCGGUGUGUAACACCGAAUUGGUCAAAAACAUGUCAAUCUGCACUAGAAUUAAAGUUUUUUUUUUUUU